AACAAGAGUGAAGAAGAACGAGUGAGUGUGUAGUUGAAAGAAUGCUAUGUUGAUGAUGACACAUGGAUGAUGGAUCAUGGAUCAUGGAUCAUGGAUGGAUGAUUAAGAUUUUUCUUCAACACAAGGGAAGGUAGCAAAUAGAAAAAAGCACCUCAAUUUGUGAAAGCAUUGCUUGCAGUACAUAAGCACUAACAACACAGUGUGUGAAUAUAUAUAAACUAGGUAGCGUAGUAGUACUAUUAUUACUAAACUUGUUACAUCAAAAAAACAAAUGGAGACACACGCUGAGAUAAGGGUGUCAAAGUUCAAGAGGGUUUGUGUCUUCUGUGGUAGUAGCCCUGGCAAAAAGAGAAGCUACCAAGAUGCUGCCAUUGAACUUGGCAAUGAAUUGGUCUCAAGGAACAUUGAUCUGGUCUAUGGAGGAGGAAGCAUUGGUUUGAUGGGUUUGGUUUCCCAAGCUGUUCAUGAUGGUGGUAGGCAUGUCAUAGGAGUUAUUCCCAAGACACUCAUGCCUCGAGAGCUAACUGGUGAAACAGUGGGAGAAGUAAAAGCUGUAGCUGAUAUGCACCAAAGGAAGGCAGAGAUGGCUAAGCAUUCAGAUGCCUUUAUUGCCUUACCAGGUGGUUAUGGGACUCUAGAGGAGCUUCUUGAAGUCAUAACCUGGGCUCAACUUGGGAUCCAUGACAAACCGGUGGGAUUGGUAAAUGUUGAUGGAUACUUCAAUUCAUUGCUAUCAUUUAUUGACAAAGCUGUAGAGGAGGGAUUUAUUAGUCCUAAUGCCCGCCACAUUAUUGUGUCAGCACCAACAUCAAAAGAGUUAGUAAAGAAAUUGGAGGAUUACGUUCCGUGUCAUGAAAGUGUUGCUUCUAAGUUGAGCUGGCAGAUAGAACAACAACUCACUUACCCUGAAGAGUAUGACAUCUCGAGGUAGCUGAAUUUGCUUCAAGGGCACGGAAGAUGACACUAGAUAGAAUUUUGGAGGUGGAAGAAGCUAGGCUGGAAUAUCAGUAUUCUGUUUUGUUUUUACUUUUAAAGAAAAAAAAAGAAAAGAAAUUUCUUUUGUAAAGUACUGGGAUUGAUCUGGAUAUGUGAAAUUACUUUGUUCCCUUGUGAAACUGAUUUCCUUUUUAAGUUGUAAGUAUUAGGGGCUUCUCAACUUAUUACUCUACCUACUUCAACUAAUUUUAAUUUUAAAUGGUAUUUAAUGUA